ACGUAAAUGUUGGCGUCAUGCCAACAGCCCAUAUCGGGCAAGAAAUUGUUGUAAUAAGUUCAUCUGUGAAUUUAGUAUAUAUAUUUAUGGAUAAUAAACUGAAUCGGAAAUUGUGAAAAAUGCCGUUUAUGUCUGCAAACUAAGGAUUUUUUUAUAAUUUUUUACGCACUAUUUAAUUGAGGAACGGUGUCAUUUUACGAAUUUUCCUCGCCUGUCUUCAAUUUCUCAGUCAUCCGAUUAUUCGAAUAAUGAAAAAAUACGCAUUGCAUUUUUACGUUAUUUCGAAAAUGUUAUAUCGUAGAAUUUAUUUUGUAUUGUGUCUCUGAAAAUGUUAUGAAAAUGACAUUUCAAGCCCAUGAUGGGCUUAGUGCCCGAAGUGAAGAAUUGCAUAGGCAUAUUUUGCGAAGUCAUCUUGCAUACCUUAAUCAAGAAGAAACCCCUGCUAAAUUGCAGCAUCGGCACAAUUUGGAAAAUCUGAUAUCUGAAUUUCUCAGCAUAGUUCCUCAUAGUUCAAAAUUUACAUUUUUUGAAGUUGCUAAAGUUCUAAUUGACAGCAUAGAAAACAAUAGAAAUUUUAGUGCUUAUAAGGCAGGAUCUGCUUUUGAAGCACUGGAAAAAUAUGCAACAAAUUUAAUUAGUCAUCCAUGGAGAAAAGAAUAUAAAACUAUAAAACUCUACAGUGGAUUUUAUAAGCAUUCUGUGGAAAGUCAACUCUUUGGUGGAAGCUCUAUGCUUUGUCUCUUGGGUUAUCAAUUUUCAGAUGAUGGAGUUUUGUACCUGGAUGAGCCUGUGGAUCCAGAUAAAGUUGCUAGAGUUGCUUUAGAUUGUCUUAUUGCUUAUGUUGAAUGUCAGAUUAUGGUUCAAAUAUGCGAAAGAGUGAAGUCUUUCAAAUGUUCUUGGUUUGAAAUCAGCCAAAUUCGGCAAGACUACACCUGUGGCAUUGACGAGGCUGUUCGAAUUCUACACCAACUGAAAAGAAAUGCUGCAGAGCAAGAAAAACAGGAUAGAUGGUUUAGAGAACAAGAGAACAACUCCUACUUAGAUGACAAAGUAUUUCUAAAAUCUGAAACAGAUACUAGUUAUCAAAAGACAGGCAUUCUUGUUGAUGUAUCUAAUACAUGGCCUAGUACUAAUACUUAUCCAGCAUACAGCAGCAGUUCUUUGGCCCUGCAUUCUGGGGGAGCAUACCAAUCUAAGUCACACACAACUUCGCAGCUCACUCACUCAAAAUUACCAUCUUGGAGUGAAGGAGUUUCAUCUCAGAUUGAGGACUAUCCAACUCGUAGCUUUAUUUCAAAAUCUGAUGAAAUGGAUACCUAUCUGAAUCAUUGCUUAGAUGACCAUACGCAUCAAUCUAAUUAUAAUUUUUUAAGUAAAUGUAAUAAUGCAGAUACAGCAACUAGAUUCAUUAAUUCUGAAUCUACCCCUGAUAGUUGGAAGGAUUCAUGGGACUUAUUACAACCAUCCUAUCAUACUGUUCGAGAUUCUUCAUAUGUGAAUGAUAGUCAUAGAACUGGUUACAAUAGUGGAGUGCCAAAUGUAAAAGAAACCUAUUCAACUCAGUAUGGGCAUAUGUAUCCACCCCAUCCUAUAAUGCCUUUAGGAUUACCUGCUUACCCAUUACCUCACAAUUAUGCUAUUGGUCCUAGGCUAUGUCAAUGCCAAAUGUGUUGUGGGCAUCAGGUGCCUAUGAUGCCCCAUAAGUACCAACUUCCUAAAGAAUGUAGUGGAAGCGAUUUUGAAUCCACUCGAAGAUCGUCUACUAGAGCAGAAUCUAAUCAUAUGGAUGACCCUAAUGAACUGUGCUCUUCAUUUUUAAAAAUGACGGUAGAUACACCGCCCAAUCCUCCCAUGAAAACCAGGCACUUCCCCAUCACUUCAACAUACUCCUUUCAAACUAACACAAAUCCUUCUAGUAGUGAUGUUGUGCUUAGAUCUACUUCAGGAAGUAAGUCACAACAGAAUAAGAGGGGAAGUUAUUAUGACAAUGUACCCUCAUAUGACGGUGAAGUUAACAGUUCCUUUAAUAACGUGGCUGGGCAGAGCUUAAUUCCCAUGUGUGAUCUUCAGAUGAAUGGGUCAGUGUCCUCCUCCACCCUUCCUUCAAAGUCUAGAUCCCAAAAGGGGAUGGUGGGGACAGAUUCCACUGAUGGCAUGCUGUCUUCGAAACCUGUUCUGAAGAAAAGCUACUCCACCAACAGCUCUGUAAUGGAACCACCUGCACAACCCUCUAUCCCAGUGGGUGGUGCAACUGAUCUAAAAAAUGGCAAACCUCUCUCAGGGCAGAAAGAUGUCAAAGGUAGUAAAAAAUGGUCGUGCAGUUCAUGCACGUUUUACAAUGCUCCUGACAAAAGCAUAUGCGAUAUGUGUGGUCGCAGCAAACACCCAGGACCUGAAGUGACCCCAUUAGUGAGUGGAGGGAGGGAGUGUCCCCAGUGUACUCUAGUGAAUAAAAAAGACUGUGAGAACUGUACAGCAUGCGGCGCCAGUUUGAAAGAUUCCCCAACAUAUAUAUGAGCUUACUCUAAAUUGAAAAGUGUUUUCACAGCUGUGAUAUCUUGUGGCACAGUUUUUAGUAUAUGUAUUUGUAGAUUCCUUACUUUUUCUAUGGAAAGUUAUGCAUAAAAGUGAGAGUGUUUUUACAAUCAUUUAAUUUCUGAAGGCGUAUUUUAAAUAGAUGCCUACCAAUUAUGAAAAUAGUUCAGAAUUUCCCUCUGAAACAAAGAGAAUAUGUUCUCUCAGAAUUUGGAACUAAGGGGAAAACAAAAAAAUUCCUGCACAAAACUUCUAGGCUUUAAAUAAAUAUCAGUCUUUAGAUGCAGUUUUAUUUUAUAUUGAACAGGGAAAGUAACAUAUGUUAUUUGUUUAAAAUUUAUUUAGUCUUUGACCAGUUUCUUCAUUUAGAUUAAUAAAUGUAUGAAAUACUAAGCAUAAAUAUAGACUUGUUCAAUAUACUUGCAAGUACUAUUGUAUAAAUUUUAAGUUCUGAAGAGCACAUGAACAAUGACUUUAGCUGUGUUGUCUUGCUUUUGCUAAUUUGUACCGAAGCUAAAAAUUCUGAAUGAGAUAUUAUUUAGUAAUAUUUUUAAAAAUUAUUAUUAUUGUGCUUAAUAACAUUGAUAGGAUCAAAAUUGAUUCAUUUCUUAAUCUGAAAUCUCAGAUCUUAAGAUUCUUGUAUAAAAUCAGUUUCCUGUUUGGUAGGCAUUCUGUUUAAAAUAAUGUUUCUUUGCUAAAUUAAAAGUUUUUAGCACUUGCUGAAGUAAAAUGCUUUGCAAUUUUAAUAGGAUAGUUAUGAAUGGCAUGUUUGUCUAUUUAAAGCUUUUUCAUAAGCAUAAAUCUAGCUAUGCAUAUGAAAAAAAUGUUGUUUUUUAAAAAGACCAAAGAUUAUGAGGUUUAUAUACAUAUUAAUCCAUUUUAAGCUGGUUGUUAGCAAAAAUUAUUUUAUAUAAAUUUCUAUUGAAAUUUACAAAAAAAAAAAAAAAAAUCACAUUUGUUUAUUGUAAUUAUAUUUGGAGAUUAAUUUCAAUAUGUGCUCACCUGCUUUUAGAUUAUUGUAUAUUUGCCUAGUUCAAUUAAAAAUUCAUGCAUCUUUUUUUUUUUUUUUCAGUUAAUAGAAGAUAUAAACAUUAUAAUGACCAAAUUUACUGCACCCCCCCCCUCCUGUAAAAGAAAUAUGUACUUAAAAUUUUACCUCAGUAAUUAGGAUUUUUUUAUUUUCGAAGAUUCGCGUUUCAAUGAGUUGUAAAAGGAAGCAUUCUUGAAAGUACUUUUUAUAAAUAAUAUCAUUUCUAAUUAAAAUUAAAUUUUACUUAAUAAUGUAAAUUCUUUUUCUAAAAAAAUCAUUUGCAGAACUGUGCAUAUUAUUAUACAUGCAGAUUAAUCCUGGAUGAUGUUUCUAAUUUUAAUAUUAUUUUUGUUGUUUUGUCAUAAAUUUUUUUAGACAAAUUUUAUAUCUGACUAGUUGUUGACAAUUAGAAUAAUAUUCGUUAUAUGUUUUGAUUUUUAACUUUUCUCUACAAAUAUGUAAUGUUUGUAUUUUACAUGCUAACUGCUAUGCGAGCUGUAUUUACCUUAUACUUUUUUUGACAAAAGUAUUUCUUUAACAUCAGUGUAAUUCAAAUACAUUUUUCAAGACAAUAUACUGUUACUGCCAAUUCAGAAAAAAAAAAAAAAUCUAUUUUUUCUGUUUGACUGUCAAAUACAAAUAUUGUGUGAAAAUUGUGUUCAUUGUAUGUUGAGAAAAACAAUUAUUAAAAUUGUGUAAAUCAGCAUUUAUUUAAAAAAAAAAAAAAAAAAAAAAAAAGAUAUAAUUUUACAUUUAAAAUGGAUUUUUUUUUCUUGUAAGAAUUGUCAAAUUAUUCUUUUAGUUAGAAAUAAUUUAUAUUUAAGAAUGGUACAAAAAAGAAAAGGCAUCAGAUGAUACGGCUUUAGAACCUACUGAUGCCUAAAAGAGUCUUUCUUUUUAUGCAUUCAUGGGCUGUAGCGUGUUUUUUCUUCACUGCAAGUAAGGAAUAUCAUUAUUUUGAUGUGAAACUUGAAUGAAAAAGAAGGGGAAAAAAACGAAGUGGGGAGACAAGUGAAAUGCUUAGUGAAAAAUGGAAAAGUUUGAAAAAAGAAUUUAUACAUAUGUUAUUGUCAACUGUCCCUUGGAAUUUGAAGGACAGAUUUUUUUACUGCUAUUUUUUUGGUCUGUAUUUUUAUUUUAUUCAACAAAGUCAUUAAAAUUUAAUGCAUUUUAUUUGUGUUUUCUAGCAUUGACAAUUUUUAUUAGUGUAAAAUAUUUAAAUUUACUUGUAUAUUUCUAAUCUUUAUUAAAUUACACUUUGCAAUUUUUUUCAACUUAUUUUAAUUUUCUUUCAAACUUUACCUAAACAAUUUCGUGUUGAGCUAAUCUGUUAAUUCAAAUUACAUUAAAUCAAAAUAUUUAAUUAAAAUUUGUUAAAUGACUUUUUAAUUAAUAUUCCCCCCCCCCAUGAAUAAUAGAAUCAUAGAGAAUAGAGUCUUUAAUUUUAUAAUCAUGAAAUUGUUUUUUUCUGGCAACAAAUUAUAUGUAUUUAAAAAAGAUCUAAAUAAAAAUUGCUGAUAAAGUAUGUGUGAAAAAUAUUAUUUAAUAUGCUAACUUUCUAUAUAGACUUCCAUGAAGAAGUGAAAGCUUUAAAAAAUCUUUUACUGUGAUAUUGGAUUUCAUCUGCCAUCUUAUUUUCAAUAAGAAUUGCCACAAGAAUUUCACAGCUGAUCAAUGCCAUCCCUGUUGGAUUGUUCAUUUUUUUAAUAGUAGGCUAUAGCAUGUGUUUGCAUAGUUUUUAUUGCUUUUAUUGUUUGUUUUUUUCCCUUUAUGCUGAGUAUAAUAUAAUUUUAUAUCUGUUGACAGAGAGUAUGAAAUUAAGAGAUAAAUAUUUAUUAUAGUAUAUUAUGGUUAUUUAUGCUAUUGUGGAGUUGCACAGAGGAAAAGAUAAGAUAGAGCUUUCUUGAGAUGUGUGAGCUGUUGUGUAUUUUCAUUAUAAUUUGAGAUGAACUAAAUAUUUUAAAAUAGGCAAUAUUAACCCUUUCAAAACUUUUAUCCCUCUCUCUGUUACUUGCAUGGGCAAAAACUGCUUUUCGGGUGUCUACCGAUCAUGAAAAAGUCAUUCAUUUUCACUGAGAUUGUUCUUUUCCCUCCUCAAGCAAAUAAUUGUUGCGAUAUUCAAGACAGGGACUCUUAAAAUAUUUCUAACAGGUGAAAGCUGUCAGAUAUAUUUUUACUGGUUAGACUAACCUUAUAUCUAAUAAAAUUAUUACUAACAUGUUAACUGCUGCAUGUCAUACAUAAGCAAUAUAUAUAUAUAUAAUUAGAUAAUCUGAAUUACAUAUGGGCUUGAGUUGUGUCAUCAGGCAUGUUAAAUUAUUUAUAACUUAUCAUAUAUUUCCAUUGUAUGUAUCUAGAUUUUUAAUUUAAGAUAAUAACUAGGUAAAUUUCUGUGCAUACUGUGCCUCUUUUUAUAUCUAAGCAUAUAUUUUAGUAGGUUGCAGCAAAUUAGAAAUGCAUGUGAAUGUGUUGCACAUAGAGCUUUCAGAAAUAAUGUAGGGGAAAAAAAAAGAGAGUUAGAGAAAAAACAAUAAUAAUGCUUGAGGUUUAGUAUGUCACAUUUAUGAAAAAUAUACAUUAUAUUUAUCAAUAAAUAAUUCAAAAUUAUACUUUUAUUUUUGUAAUUUUGACUAGUAAUUUGCCCCCCCC